CUCACAGUCUGCGCGCUUUUUACGCACACUGGAUAUUUGACUCCUCGGUCCUCGGCACGAUGUCAAACGUCAGAAACCCACAUUAUUCUAUAGGAAGAAGCUGUGUGUCAUUCAUUUCGAGCUCUUAAGAGGACCCAGUCUGUUUCUCGUCGAGAAGACAGACGAAAUGACCAAGUUGUUAGCGGUUACAGUGAGGUUUGCUUAGACUCGCUGUACACUUAUCAUUCCAGAUACUGUAGAUCUGUCAAAGAGCGAUUUAUAACUUCGGAAUUUACUUGAAAACCGUCGGUAUCUGCGGAUAACUCUAUCAGGGAUGAAUCAAAAGGAGAGAUUGGCUUUGUCGCUCGUCUACGCGCUGAGCAUAUGGAUAACUUUAGUCUGUCCUUCGGUGGGAACAGGGUUUGUUUAUCGAUUUCCAGGCAUCACUGUGCAGCGGCAGCGCAUCAAAUCGGAGCAGAGCGGCAGCGCUGGACCACCAGGUACCGGGUCCCAUACCCAGCUCAGGAACUGGUGUCAGUACACUGUUUCCAAAACAGUGACCUGUCAGGUGCACAAUGGGACAGAGACCACAGUGCAGAGAGUGAUUCAGGGCUGCCGAUGGCCCGGACCAUGUUCCAAAGUCAUCAGCUACAGGACCAUCAUCAGGCCUUCCUUCAAGGUUGCCUACAAGCAAGUCACUGCACUGGAGUGGAGAUGCUGCCCGGGGUUUGUGGGAGAAGAGUGUCGUGAAGAGUGUAUGAACUGUACCAGCUUCACUGACAUGAACACCAGAAUAAAUGCAAUUGAAUCAAAGAUCAGGCUGUUAGAAGAGGCACGUCCCUCACUGCCGACAGUCAGCAGUUUACCAGAGGGCUCAACGGACAACGAGGUGGACACACCUCAACCCACUCCCAUUGGACCGCCGUCAUACCAGCCACCAGUACCAGGAGGCAUAGGGCCUCCAGGGCCCAUUGGACCUCCUGGGCUUCCUGGCUCAGCUGGACCUCCAGGUCCACCCGGAAGACCGGGCCCUCCUGGAUCCACUGGACUGAAGGGGGACAGAGGUUUGCCUGGAGAAUUAGGUCUGCCCGGGCCUCCUGGUCCACCGGGUCUUCCAGGCCCCAGCUCCUUUCCAGUCCGAGUGCGGGGUGAUGUCUUUCAAGUGGACAACCAAGAGGAGAACCCCAUCCAUACAACUCUCCCUGCUCCUGAGAUCAUAGUCGGGCCACCUGGUCCAACCGGUCCCUCUGGCCCCGCAGGCCCUGAAGGACUGAGAGGACCUGCAGGAAUACCAGGCCUGCCGGGACAAGAUGGCAAGGAGGGCCUCCAAGGCAAGCCUGGGGAUCCUGGGCCUAAAGGAGAUCCAGGGGAAAGGGGAGUUCCAGGUGCAACAGGCGAGCAGGGCCUACCUGGAGCACCAGGGCUAAAAGGAGAGCCAGGAGAAGGCUUGAAUGAGGGAGAAGCUGUGCAGCAGCUCAGAGAGGCCCUGAAGAUCUUGGCCGAGAGGGUCCUGAUCCUGGAGCACAUGAUCGGCAUUCAUGAGAACUCUGAAGGAUCUGGUUUUGGCAGCAUUUUGGACCCGCUGUCUUUCUCUGCCAUAAAGACCAAACGCCUUCAGCCUGUUCAAACCCUUCCUCAAACUCCAGCACUGGGGGAGAGACAAAGACAAGCUCCCCUUUAAAAAUACAGUCUAAUUUUGUAUUUGUGUUCAUAAUUGUGAGGGAUGUUGCAAAUUUUGCUUAACUGGACUUGUGAUUUUUGUUCAUAUAAUUUUUUUCUCAUAUUCUGAAUUUACUUUUGUCUGUCUUUUUUGUCACAGAUGGGUACUGUUGUAAAAAUUAAGCUCUUUGCAGACAUGAAAUGUUGAACAUUUCAUCCACAUAAAAGGCUUUUUUGGAUCCGUUUUUACCCUGUUGCUGCAUGAUUGUAGUUUACAUAAUCUUAACAGCAGUACUUACACAGUGUUGUACAAUGAAAUAUAAUCUCAUAAAGUGUUAUGAGGGUUUUUGGCAUCUUUCUCUCCUCAGAUAAAAGACUGCCUAGUAAACACAUCAGUUUCCUGAGAGCUGGACCCAAAACGUACUAUUUAGUGUCAAACAGAUUCUUGGAACAACCUCGAGGUUCAUCUUGUGUUAGCCUGUCAAACAUAUUUCUUCCUCUCUCUUUCUGUCUCUCUCGCUCGCUCUCUCUCUCUGUGCUCUGCCUUGUUAAAACUGAGGUAAGACAUGACAAGCUGCCAAGAAUAUCUGCUUAAAAUAAAGUUAGGUGAAAUGAAUCGCAUCUGGAGAACGAACAUCUGGAAAGCAAAAGGGAGAGAUGCUGAAACAAUUGAGUUUUGGCCUGGAAACCGCAAACGCAGCUCAGCUCCAGUGCACCUUUGCACGACUGGCUGACAGAGCAUUAAACCUGACAGGAUUACACUGACUUCUUCAUAAACUGCCUCUGAGAUUUGUUUCCAAACUGAUACAAUUAUUGUAUAAUAAGUCUCUGAGAGACCAAGCCUGUUGGUCUGUGAAUAAAAAUUUUGGCUACAGCAGGAACAAUCUUUGUUUUCUCCAUUACAAGGUUCAUAUGUUAAAGGAACUGUUCAGCAAUUAUACACUUGUUCACUUUCCUGUCAGGAGUUAGAUGGGAAGAUUGAUACCAAAAUUGCUGCAAAGCCACCAUCGCUUACAGUUACAUCUAAAUAAAAUCCAAUAUUACCACUAGUAAAACCAAUUCAACACACUUAAUUCACGCUAUACAUUGUUUUGGCAUAGUUUCACCUGUUAAUGAACCGCAACAUAUAAUAUAACAGCAAACGUAGCUAAUUUAGGAUAUUUAUGUGGUGUUGCCCUCUUGGAAUAACACAGGACGUUUGUUCUGCCAACAUUGCUUGAAUGCAGACGUCACAAUGUUGCUGUACACGGCCAAGAAAUAGUGUGGCACUUGGCCACCUGUAAAACAUAUAUCAUGUUAUUUAGUGAGCAGUGCCAGGCUAGCUGUUUCCCCCAUUUCCAGUCUUUCCAGUUUUAAGCUAAGCUAACAAAUUGCUUGAUAUAGCUUCAAGGGCAUAUACUGUCUGUCUCUUGGAAAGAAAGUGAAUAAGUGUAUUUCUGAUUCUGUCUCUGAUAGGAUAUCUUCUGUUGUACAGGUCUGAGUCUACUGCCGUAGGCCUAACUUUUAAAUAACUGUUUUGUUGUGUCUUGUGCAUGUUUCAUUAUCUUUUAUACUUGACAGUGUUCAGGUGUACUUUGUUGUUUAAUUUGCAAAACAUUGUACUCAGCAGAUAUUUAUCUGUGUUGCUUGUCGAAGUAAGA